AUGUCUUUCUUUUCCCUCGGGGUCCUACUGGGCCUUCUCCCUCUUGCCUCUAGCCAGUUCCCUCGGGUGUGCGCCAAUUCAGACAGCCUGUUGAGGAAGGAGUGCUGCCCAGUUUGGCCUGGAGACGGCUCCCCCUGCGGACAGCUUUCCGGCAGAGGGUCCUGCCGAGAUAUCCUCCUUUCGGACGCCCCGCUUGGCCCUCAGUUCCCCUUCUCAGGAGUGGAUGACCGGGAAGACUGGCCUUCCGUGUUUUACAACAGGACGUGUCAAUGCUCAGGUAACUUUAUGGGGUUCCAUUGCGGCGAGUGCAAGUUCAACUUCGGGGGCCCGGACUGUGCCGAAAGAAAGCUGCGGAUCAGGAAGGACAUCUUCCAGAUCAGCACCGGGGAGAAGAACCAGUUCCUCGCCUACCUCAAUUUGGCUAAGCACACCACCAGCCGGGAUUUUGUUGUCGCCGUCGGGACGUACGCCCAGAUGAACAAUGGCUCGAACCCAAUGUUCCGGGAUAUCAGCUUGUACGACCUUUUUGUCUGGAUGCACUACUACGUGUCUCGGGACACCCUGCUGGGAGGCACCAGCGUGUGGCGGGACAUUGAUUUUGCCCACGAGGCUCCAGGUUUCCUGCCUUGGCAUCGACUCUUCUUGCUCAUGUGGGAGAAUGAGAUCCAGAAGCUUACAGGGAACGAGAAUUUCACCAUCCCCUACUGGGACUGGAGAGACGCUGAGGGCUGCACCAUCUGUACAGAUGAGUACAUGGGAGGCAGGCACCCCAUCAAUCCCAAUAUUCUCAGCCCUGCCUCUUUUUUCUCCUCCUGGCAGGUGAUUUGCAGUCGAUCAGAUGAGUACAACAUUCGGCAAGAGCUCUGCAAUGUCACCAACGAAGGGCCGUUACUCCGAAAUCCUGGAAACCACGAUAAAGGGCGGACUCCACGGCUUCCAUCUUCAGCAGACGUUGAAUUCUGCUUAAGUCUGACAGAGUACGAGGCUGGCACCAUGGACAAACUGGCUAACUUCAGCUUCAGGAACACUCUGGAAGGCUUUGCGAGUCCAAGUACUGCGAUUUCGAAUGUGUCUCAAAGCAGCAUGCAUAACGCCUUGCACAUGUACAUGAAUGGCACCAUGUCCCAAGUACAAGGAUCAGCCAACGAUCCGAUCUUUAUACUGCACCAUACCUUUGUUGACAGCAUCUUUGAGCAGUGGCUCAGAAGACACCAACCCGCCCGGGAGGUUUACCCUGCAGCCAAUGCCCCCAUUGGACACAACCGGGAAAACUAUAUGGUCCCCUUCAUUCCUCUCUACAGGAUCGGAGAAUUCUUCAUUUCAUCUCAAGAACUGGGCUACGAUUAUGAAUAUCUAGCAAAUCCAGAUAGCGAUCCUUUCCAGACUUUGUUCGUGCCUUACUGGGAACAAGCCCGUCAGAUCUGGCCCUGGCUGGUUGGGGCAGCCGUGUUAGGCGGCAUCAUCACCGCGCUGAUAGCCGGAUGUACGGCUCUGGGAUGCCGGAAGAAGGAAAAGAUUUUAGAGGAGACCCAGCCGCUGCUGAUGGAGAGUGACGAUUAUCAGCACGUGACCUACCAAUCACACUUAUAA